AUGGCUCACCGUCGUCUGGUUCUCUUUGGAGGACAAGGAUCUCAAUCCAUAUUCUCGCCCAACGCCUCCAAGACUGCAGUGCAAGAUGCUCGGUCUGUCAGUGCUGGUACCAUCCUUCUGUCUAGAUGCCAUGCUGCAUUCUUAGAAGAGAUCGCGACCCUAGAUGGCGAGUCACAAAAGCUUUUGGCCAUCGACCUUCUCGAGUUUGUCUCGCCAGUCUGUCUACUCAAGCCUACGGUGCAAUAUCACAGACAUCCUGUACUCCAGGCCACAACAAUCUAUCUCUGCCAGAUGCUAAGGUAUCUGGCCGUGACACUACAAGAUGGCGUCUACGAACAUUCUUUCGAAACACUCGAAUCAACAGCUGGCUUUUCUUCCGGCAUGAUACCAGCCAUGGUUGUGGCGAGGUCACCGAACGUUGAUGAAUUCCUAUCAUCUGGAGUUGAAGGCUUCCGUUUGGCCUUCUGGAUAGCUUGUCGCAGUUUCUUUUGGACAAAAGGCGUGGACAGUGGACACAAGGACUAUGUCGGCCGAGAAGCAACCUUGUCUCUUGUGACUCGAGGCUUGACUAAGCCCGAAGUUGAGGAGAAGUUACGGGAGUUUCAUUCCAGACAUGGAACCGAACGACUGCAAAUUUCGUCUAUCCUGACUUCAGGGUCUAUAUCCAUUUCUGGACCCAAGCCUGAUCUAUGUUUGUUACAAGAGGAACUGCAAACCAUGUCCGGUAUGACAACUACUUUCGCUCAUGUUCAUGGCUGGUACCACGGAGGAGAGCAGCUACAACCUGUUGUUUCACAGGUCAUGGAAGAUAUUGAACGGAGAUCCAUAUUCCUGUCUCCUUGUUCAGUACCUAUGAAGCCUAUAUACUCAACAUUAAACGGCGAAUUGUUCGAUGGAAUGACCACUUCUUCCAACGAAGUUGUGGAGUGGCUUACUCGACAUCUCCUGAUGUAUUGUGUAGAUUGGUCUACCACCAGCCAUGAAAUGGCAGCAAACAUACAGAAGACCCUAAGCGUUGACUCGGAGACUAAGAUCAAUAUCAUCUCACUUGGACCUAGCUCCACAUCUCUCUUUCCAUCCAUUGAGAGAUGUGAUCCUCGGAUCGAGUUGCUGGAUGUAUCAUCUUUCAAUAGUGGCAAGAGACUAACACAACAGUCUUCAAUCGGUCAAAACGACAUCGCCAUUGUUGGUAUGAGUGUGCAACUACCCAAGGGCAGAGGAACCGAUGAGUUAUGGGAGACUUUAUCUCAGGGCUUGAACGCUGUACAAGAGAUCCCAGGAAGUAGGUUCGAGCUCUCCGACUUUCACACGGAUGAUAUCGACAAGCCACGGUCAAUGCCUACCAGACAUGGAGCAUUUAUAGAAGACCCUUUCAGCUUUGAUAAUACCUUCUUCAAUAUCUCCCCACGGGAAGCAAAGUCCAUGGAUCCGCAGCAGAGGAUUCUCUUACACGCCGCCCAGGAAGCCCUCGAAGAUGCUGGGUACGUGCCUGACUCAACACCAUCAUCUCAGAGAGCCACCACGGGAUGCUACAUUGGAUUGGCGACGGGUGACUACACUGAUAAUCUCCGCGACGACAUCGACACUUUCUACCCUUCUGGUACUCUUCGCGCUUUCCAUAGCGGUAGGAUAUCGUACUUCUACCGUCUCAGUGGUCCUUCUAUUGUGACUGACACGGCGUGUUCGUCUUCAACUGUUUCUAUUUAUCAGGCCUGUCGGGCGAUACAGAAUGGCGAUUGCACGGCGGCUAUUGCGGGAGGGGUGAAUGUUAUCACAAGCCCAGAUAUGUAUCUGGGGCUAUCGCGAGGACACUUCCUGAGUCCGACAGGUAAUUGCAAACCAUUCGACGCAGCCGCCGAUGGCUAUUGUAGGGCUGAGGGUUGUGCUCUUUUCGUUCUCAAGCGCCUUUCAGAUGCCGUUGGAGAAGGCGAUCGAAUCCAUGGAAUCAUCAAGAGCGCCCAGAUCAACCAAAGCGGCAACUCCAGCUCUAUCACACAUCCUCACAGCACGACCCAGACCGAGCUACUCAAUCGACUGCUCGAGAAAGCCAAUGUCGACCCCGCGACUAUCAGCGUUGUUGAAGCUCAUGGCACGGGGACGCAAGCUGGCGACGCCAGAGAAGUCGAGACUCUGAAGCGCGUGUUUGGUACACAUCAUUCACCAGCGAAUCCCCUGGUUGUCAGUUCUAUCAAGGGCAACAUAGGCCACUGCGAAGCUGCUUCUGGCGCAGCUGGUCUAGCCAAGCUAUUGCUAAUGCUUCGCAACAACGAGAUUCCUAUGCAAGCUGGAUUGAACACCCUGAACCCAGUCCUAGGCGACUUACAGAGCUCCGGUCUACUCAUCCCAAGACAAAAUAUGCCGUGGUUGCCAUUGAAAGGGAUGCCUAGGAGAGCAGUUCUCAAUAACUUUGGGGCUGCUGGGUCAAACGCAUCACUGCUGAUUGAAGAGUGGAAGGGACAGAAGAGUAAACGGGAUGAGGCGUGCAAUCGUUCCGCUUAUGUCUUUGCCUUAUCGGCGAAAUCUGAAAAGGCUCUUCAAUCUGCUGUCGACCGACAUAUUGAGUUCCUGGCCGAGAGUCAUGCGCAACUGGCGGAUAUCUGCUAUACCGCAACUUCACGACGCCAGUAUUACGACCAUCGAUUCUCGAUUGCAUGCAGCUCAAAGGCGGAUUUGCUUGUCAAACUGCAGCAACUCAGAGCUACACCGUCCAGUCCUACGCGAAAGGUCACGUCAACGGUAUUGGUCUUUACAGGACAAGGUGCACUUUACAGUGGUAUGGGCCAGGAGCUGAUGAGCACAUAUCCACCGUUCAAGGAUAUAAUAAUAUCUUGCGACCGCAUUAUCAAAGAUCUUCGCUUGGGGUGUCCCAGUAUCCUUAAUUAUAUCCAGUCGCAUACACAAGCGCAUAUGGACACGUUGAGUAAUCCGGAACAUCUUAUGGCCUCUCAAUGUGCUUGUAUAGCGCUCGAAUACGCCCUCGCCACGACAUUCAUAUCGUGGGGGAUCAAGCCUGACUAUCUCAUUGGCCACAGUCUCGGCGAAUAUGCGGCUCUAUGUGUGUCGGGUGUCUUGGCACUCGAAGACACAUUUCGCAUCGCGGCAUCAAGAGCAAAGAUGAUGGACAAAUACUGUCCCUCUGGCACAUCAGGGAUGUUAGCUUGCCACAUGACCCCCGAGGAAUCACAAGCUAUCAUUUCCACGGAGCCUGCCCUUGAUGGGUUAGCUUUGGCGUGUCACAAUGGGACUCGAGACUGUGUUAUAGGCGGUCCGCUCACACAACUUGAGGCUCUGCAGAAACGGUGCAAGACUCAAAGUAUCCGGUCAAAGCUCAUCAACGUUCCUUAUGCCUUCCAUACACCAGCCAUGGAUCCCAUAAUGGAACACCUACGGGCACUAGGACGAACAGUCAAAUUUGGAGACGCUGCGAUACCUGUCAUAUCUAAUGUUGAUGGGCGCCUGCUGAGCGAUAACCUCACAUCGGACUAUUUUGCAGACCACGCAAGGCAACCUGUGUGUUUUCAAGAAGGCGUACUAAGUCUUCAAAAUUUGAUCGGAUCGUCUAAUCUUGACGAUUCUCUGUUUAUUGAGAUAGGCCCACAGCCUACUCUGCUGCCGAUGCUCCGAGAUUCAAUCCCCUCCAGCUCCUGUGCAUAUCUCGGGACACUACAAAAGGGCCGGGACGCGUGGGUGUCUCUUACGCAGACACUGGCUGCUAUCUCGUUGCGAAAAGUUGCGGUGGAUUGGCGUGGAGUAUUUACUGGGACGUCGGCACAAGUCGUUACCUUGCCUGGGCAUCCGUUGCAUGGGACAAAGUUCUUCAUACCGUUUCAAGAGUAUCGACAUGUUAAGAGUAGCCUAAGCACCACUGGAUCGGUCACUGUCAACCGUGUCAGGACACAGCAUGCUUUACUACCGUGGCUGAGAACUGAUACAUUUUCGACUGAUGAGUUGACGUUUGAGACUGACAUGACGACUCUUGGACCUUUGAUCUCAGGGCAUGAUGUUGGGGGGACACCAAUCUGUCCAGCGUCUGUCUUUCACGAAAUGGUCAUCGAGGCUGCACAAACCCUUUUGGACCCCACAGAGACUCAGGUUCUCGUCGUGGGCGACAUCAGCUUCUCUAGUCCACUAGUAUACCUACCCUCAUCGCCCUCGCAUAGGGAUGCCACAGUGUGCGUACGUGUCACGAGGCAGAGUAACGCCUCACCUGGCACCGCUGUCUUCAAAGUCACAUCCCGCGCCUCGCCAACAUCUUCUGCCGAGACAGCACAUUGCUCUGGAAAUGUCAUGGCAAAGAGUCUCUCCGUCAAUUCGUCGCAAUGGGUAAGGGACCAUGCUCUAGUGACCCGUCAGAGUCGGCAUUUCUCUGGUGCUGGAAAGGAUCAAACAAGUACCUUUCGCACUAAGCUUCUGUACGAAACCAUUUUCACUCGUGUUGUCAAAUACGCUCCAGAAUACCAGACUCUACAGUAUCUUGACGUCGCCGAUUCGAACCUUGAGGGAAUUGGCUCUUUCAAGAUGCCGUCUAGUGCGCACCCGUCAGAUUCCCAUAAGAAAUAUCUGGUCAACCCUGUCUUUACUGACACACUGCUACAUGCUGCUGGCUUUAUCGCAAACCUCGCAAUCGGAUCCAAUGAGAUCGGCAUUUGUUCUGGUGUCGAAUCGAUAGAGAUCGCCUAUCAUGGAGUCAACUAUCGAGACUCAUUCAAGAUCUACUGUAAUCUACUCGAGAUCAAAGGCGUCAUCCUUGCAGAUGCAAUUGCGAUGGACAGCUCCAACAGGGUUGUUGCUGUCGUUCGGGGCAUGGAGUUCAAGAAGCUCCAGCUCACUACAUUCCAACUGGCCUUGUCCCGGAUGUCUUCGGGUGAGGCUGCCAAGCCCGACGCAAUGAGAAAGCAACAACCACCAGCGAGAUUAACGUCAGCACGAAUGAUAGACCAGGUCGACGCGCCUCAAACGAACCAGAACAUUGCCAUCUCCUCCCCUGCACAUUCCAGCCCCGCUCAAAUAAAGACUGGCAUGAGCCAGAUUCUCAAAGACAUUGUUGUAGAAGUAGGAGGCUUCACCGAACAAAACAUCAACUAUACCAUGUCCCUUGCUGAUCUUGGCAUCGACUCCAUGAUGCAAAUCGAAAUCGCAUCAAAACUCUCUCGUCUGUUUCCCGGACAGGCGGGUCUAAGUCACCAUGCUUUGUCCGAAUGCGAGACAUUAGAAGAACUAGACAACAUGCUGCUGUCAGUCAUUCAACCUUCUGACCAACCCUUGCCCCAAUCAUCUGCUGUUAAGGCCCCAAGCAGUGUCUCUCAGCUAUCCUCUUCCGAAUCCACCCAGGCACAUACCCCAGCCUCCUCAGCAUCUUCGGAUAUAUCAGAGCUCUCGGGUGAUUCUCGCAACUUACCCGUGACAUUACAUACUUCUGAGGGAACUCAGACUCCGCUAUGCCUAUUCCAUGACGGAAGCGGACAGAUCAGUAUGUAUAAACGGCUUAGGGGCAACGACCGCAGCGUGCAUGCCUUCUUCGACCCAUAUUUCUGCAACUUCGAGGGAAGGCGAUCUUUCUAUUCCAGCGUUGAGCAGAUGGCCGAGGAUUAUGUGUCGAUGAUCAUCAGCAACGCUAAAAGUCCAUCUUCACCGUUGAUACUGGGCGGAUGGUCGUUCGGUGGAAUAGUAGCUUACCAGGCAGCUCAACAUCUCACGAACCGCGGCUUCAACGUCAAGGGUCUUGUAUUGAUUGACUCGCCUUGCCCAGUCGAUCACGAGCCACUUCCAGCAGCUGUCAUCACUAACAUCACAAAUCCCAGUGGUAAACCCGGACCUCUCGACUCAGGCAGCUCUAAGGCAUUAGAAGAAGAGUUCCUCUCCAACGCCUCACUACUGGGAAUUCAUAAACCUAGAUCCUUCACAGAGGCUACCGGUAGGAGUCUUAAGACGAUCAUGCUGCGUAGUCGUGAUGUGCUAGAUACCGAGGCGCUCUACGGUGUAAAGUAUGAUUGGCUCAGUCGUCAAGAUACCCGGGAUGCUGCGAUUGGCACUUGGGAGAAGUUGGUUGGUGGUCAUAUUGAUGUUCUCCUCAUCCCAGGGAAUCACUUUCAGCCAUUCACUAAAGACAAGGUCGACGAGACAGCAACCCAGCUUUGGAAGGCAUGUCGGGAUAUUGAAAGGUCGUGA